GUGUGAGUAUCGAUUUUCUGCGAAUAUAUAAAAUAGUUUCUCCGUGUAAUCGCACACGAUAACAUCGUUUCCGUUAUUGUUAGAAAACAAAAUAUAUGUAUUUGUACUAAGCAGUGAAGAAGCGUAAUGUUUGCCGGAAGAACAUUGGAGGACUAAAACUCUUCAAGUAAAAAAGCAAAUCGAUUUCGGUGUAAAAAUUUAUUAAAGCAACACUGAUUAGAAUAUUUAUUACGCGUUCAUUUCCAACCAAUUACGUCAUGUGGACGGGAGGCUUCAUUCUAUUACUACUGGCCUUAACACUCCAGGUCAUAGUCUGUGUAAAGCAGCGCAAUUCAGAAACAGUAUAUCAGUGGAAACAGCUCGUCUAUGGUUUCCCUACCGAGCAAGAUCGACAAGAAGCACUAGCCAAUGGUAAUUUAGUACCAGCAAAUGGAAUACCAAUCGAUGUGGCGCCACACCAACAAUCUCAAAAGGGUUCGCGUGUCUUCAUCACAAUUCCCCGAUUUCAAACCGGCAUCCCGUACACGCUGGCCACAGUGAGUGAUAGUAAUGAAGCUAAUGGUCCGGUUCUGAUACCAUAUCCUAACUAUACUUGGCAUAAUGCCAAUGGCGAAGAUUGUAAUAAAAUCACUUCCGCAUUUCGUGUGGCGAUCACAGAGUGCAAUCAGAUGUUUGUUAUUGAUUCAGGCGUAAUCGGAACUACUCAAAACUGUCCGCCACAGCUACUGAUAUUCGAUCUAAAUACAGAUACUUUAGCGCAUCGCUAUCGCUUUGAAGGCAACAUGUACGUGCCGGUGGCUUCACUACUCAUCACUCCACUUGUUGUCGUGCACGAUCCUCCACCGAAAGGCCGCUGCCAACGCCUGCAUGUUUACAUUGCUGAUGUCACACAUCACGGCCUGGUUAUCUAUGACUCGGAGUCGAAUAGCGCCUGGCGUGCCGAGAAUAAAUUCAUGUACCCAGAUCCCGAUUAUGGCACGCACACGAUUGCACGCGAAAGCUUCAUUCUGAUGGAUGGCAUGUUUGCUUUGGCCACGGAUCACCGCCAACUCUACUUCCAUCCGUUGGCCAGCAACAGCGAAUAUGCGGUGCCUUUGAGCGUCUUAAACAAUCGUACAAAUUGGGAUGGCAACAUGGAGGCAAUGCAAAAUGAAUUCCGUAUGGUGGGCAAACGUAGUAGUGAAUGUGCUGCCGAAGCGAUGGACAGUCAGCGGAAUUUAUAUUGUGUCACAUUCAAUCCGAUCAAGUUGAUUAGAUGGAAUCCGUACAAUGUAAAGAAUGAAAUUGAAGUGCCGGCAGAUCCGCGUUUAUUAGAGUUUGUCAGUGGCAUGAAGGUGUACAAAAACGGUUCGGGAAAGGAAGAAUUGUGGAUGAUAUCGAAUCGUUAUCAGAAAAUAGCUGCUGGCACUUUAAGUGACCGUGAAAUUAAUUUUCGCGUAGUGAGGCGGCCGCUGGAUGACAUACAGGCGCAGAACAUUCCCACGCCUAAUCAAGAUCUGAGCCAACGACUGAUCUUCUCUUGAAGAAUUUAACAAAAACAUUUACCUUAUAAGUACAUAUUUAAUGUUUUAUUAAGCCUUUCUUGGCAGAUACUUAAGUAAGCUUCUCAUCUACGUAUAUAUAUAUAUAUAUGUAUAUAUAUAUUAUAUAUAUAUGUAUAUAUAUAAUCAGCCUCAUUGUGUACGUCGCAAAAUAGCCUUAAAUCCACGAUUUGACUGAUUGGCAUUGCCUAUUUUCGUGCUGAAAUAAGUAGACGCCGAAAACUUGCCAGUUCUGCCAAGUAUUCCCAUUUUAAUAAACUAUUCGAAUCGAAGUUUUAAGCAAUGACAUGUAUUUUUCGAUACGACUUGCAUCCGAUAUACACCACACUCGCAAUGUGGCUAAAUAUGUAUGUUCACCUGGCUAUAUUACUCUGUAAGUAGGUACAUAGUGAAAUCAGUGUCAUAACUUCAUAACUAGGGCUGGGAGUUCUAUCCCAGUUUCUAUUUAUUUUUUUAUCCAUAUAAUCCGGAUAUUCGAAUAUCUUAUUAAAAAAUCCGAAUAUCUGGAUAUUAACCAGAUGUGAGUUGGAUAUCCGAUAUCCGGAUUUUAUCUGUAUACACGAAUAUACGAACGGAUAUCCAAAUACACUCGCUGCAAAAAAAGAAACCUAAACAAAAAGUUUACUAAAAAUAUCAGAGGUGGAGCAAAAAGAACUUAAAGGAUGUUCACAUAUAAAUAUAAAUUCAAUCAAAGCUCGUUUUAUAAAUAACCCGUUUACACAGGCAAA